AUGGCGGGGGAGGCAGCGCAUGGCACCUUGGGCAGUAGCCGCUCCUCGGACAAGGGGCCGUCCUGGUCCAGCCGAUCCCUGGGUGCCCGCUGCCGGAACUCCAUCGCCUCCUGCCCCGAGGAGCAGCCCCACGUGGGCAACUACCGCCUGCUGAGGACCAUCGGGAAGGGCAACUUUGCCAAAGUCAAGCUGGCCCGGCACAUCCUCACCGGCCGGGAGGUUGCCAUCAAAAUCAUCGACAAAACCCAACUGAACCCCAGCAGCCUGCAGAAGCUGUUCCGAGAAGUUCGUAUCAUGAAGGGCCUAAACCACCCCAACAUCGGUGAGGAGGGCAGGGCGGGGAGGGGGGCUGGCGCCGAGGCUGCCAGCAGGACUGAGAAGACGCUGUACCUGGUGAUGGAAUAUGCAAGUGCUGGAGAAGUAUUCGACUACCUCGUGUCACACGGCCGCAUGAAGGAGAAGGAAGCUCGAGCCAAGUUCCGACAGAUUGUAUCGGCUGUGCACUACUGUCACCAGAAAAACAUUGUCCACAGGGACCUGAAGGCCGAGAACCUCUUGCUGGACGCCGAGGCCAACAUCAAGAUCGCCGACUUUGGCUUCAGCAACGAGUUCACGCUGGGCUCGAAGCUGGACACGUUCUGCGGGAGCCCCCCGUACGCCGCCCCGGAGCUGUUCCAGGGCAAGAAGUACGACGGGCCGGAGGUGGACAUCUGGAGCCUGGGCGUCAUCCUGUACACCCUCGUCAGCGGCUCCCUGCCCUUCGACGGGCACAACCUCAAGGAGCUGCGGGAGCGAGUCCUCAGGGGGAAGUACCGGGUCCCUUUCUACAUGUCUACCGACUGUGAGAGCAUCCUGCGGAGAUUUUUGGUGCUGAACCCUGCUAAACGCUGUACCCUGGAGCAAAUCAUGAAAGACAAAUGGAUCAAUAUCGGCUAUGAGGGUGAGGAGCUGAAGCCAUACACAGAGCCGGAGGAGGACUUCGGGGACACCAAGCGAAUCGAGGUGAUGGUGGGGAUGGGCUACACUCGGGAAGAAAUCAAAGAGGCCUUGACGAGCCAGAAGUACAACGAAGUGACCGCCACCUACCUCCUGCUGGGCAGGAAGACUGAGGAGGGCGGGGACCGGGGCGCUCCAGCACUGGCCCUGGCAAGGGUGCGGGCGCCCAGCGACACCACCAACGGGACAAGCUCCGGCAAAGGCACCAGCCACAGCAAAGGGCAGCGGAGCUCCUCCUCCACCUACCACCGCCAGCGCAGGCACAGCGACUUCUGCGGCCCAUCCCCCACACCCCUGCACCCCAAGCGCAGCCCAACCAGCACGGGGGAGGCGGAGCUGAAGGAGGAGCGCCUGCCGAGCCGGAAGGCGAGCUGCAGCGCUGCGGGCAGCGGGAGCCGAGGGCUGCCCCCCUCCAGCCCGAUGGUCAGCAGUGCCCACAACCCCAACAAAGCAGAAAUCCCGGAGCGGCGGAAGGACAGCGCGAGCACCCCUAACAACCUCCCUCCCAGCAUGAUGACCCGCAGAAACACCUACGUUUGCACGGAACGCCCAGGGGCUGAGCGCCCGUCCCUGUUGCCAAAUGGCAAAGAAAACAGCUCGGGUACCCCACGGGUGCCCCCCGCCUCCCCUUCCAGUCACAGCCUGGCUCCCCCAUCAGGGGAGCGGAGCCGCCUGGCACGGGGCUCCACCAUCCGUAGCACCUUCCACGGUGGCCAGGUCCGGGACCGGCGGGCAGGGGGUGGGGGAGGUGGGGGCGUGCAGAACGGGCCGCCUGCCUCUCCCACGCUGGCCCAUGAGGCCACACCCCUGCCCACCGGGCGGCCCCGCCCCACCACCAACCUCUUUACCAAGCUGACCUCCAAACUGACCCGAAGGGUCUCAGACGAACCUGAGAGAAUCGGGGGACCUGAGGUCACAAGUUGCCAUCUACCUUGGGAUCAAACGGAAGCCGCCCCCCGGCUGCUCCGAUUCCCCUGGAGUGUGAAGCUGACCAGCUCGCGCCCGCCCGAGGCCCUGAUGGUCCGCUGCCGCCAGCCACAGCCGUUCCUGCUGGCCUGCCUGCACGGGGGUGCGGGCGGGCCCGAGCCCCUGUCCCACUUCGAGGUGGAGGUGUGCCAGCUGCCCCGGCCGGGCCUGCGGGGAGUUCUCUUCCGGCGCGUGGCGGGCACGGCCCUGGCCUUCCGCACCCUCGUCACCCGCAUCUCCAACGACCUCGAGCUCUGAGCCACGGCCCUGGGUCCUCCUCCUCGUCUCCGUCACGUCUGCAGGAGGAAAGGGGUCGGGGAGGGGUCUCCCUGGUCACCCCCCAGCUGCCCUGACCUGGAUUUGGGGGAAGAGACUGUCUCCUCUGCUGUUCUCUGGGGAUGCUGGGCGUGAGCGGAGGGUGAGCGGGCUCAGCAGGGGCGCCUCCAGCCAGUCCUGACCCUCCUCACCCUGCAUCGGGCACCAAGGAGACUUCGGGGCAGGGCAGGGGCCGGAGGAAAACUGAGGACACUUUUUCAUUCCUCCCAACAGUUCAAGAAUUAGGCCUUGGGCCGGGGCAGGAAGAGUUGCUGAGCCUAUAGACCUGCGAAUUUGGGGGCUGGGAGUGGGGGUCAGAGGCAGACUCCUUCCCUUUCCCUGCCCGUCGUGCUCGAACUCCCCUCCCGCCCCAGGCCGGUGCGGGGCACUUUGUACAAAUCCUUGUAAAUACCCCCACGCCCUCCCUCUGCAGAGAUCUCUCGAGGAGCUGCCGCUGUCGCCUCCGGUUUUUAAGUUAUUACACCCCCACCCUCCUCCUCUCGGCCCCUCACCUGCAGCCUGUUGUCCAAUAAACUUAGGGAAGUCCCCCUCCUCCACGCUGUCCCUGGGGUUUUCCUUCCCUGCCCUCAUCUACACGUGAGGUGAAGAGGAGGGGUGUGACUGGGCCAGUGGUUUCUCCUUUCUGAGCCUCGGUUUUCUCAUCUGCAGAAUGGGAGUAGUGGGGGUAUGAGGGUCAAGGAUGAUUGUAGAACAAAACUCAGCCUCAUCCACAGGCCCCCAGUUCCUAGGUGGGACCCCCAUUCAUCCACUCACGCGCCCACCCACAUGUUAUACUGGACUCUAAGCCACUUCCUACUCCAGUAGUACAUUUAUUCAAUAAACAGUCAUUGAUCGGUGCCUA